AACCAGUCGUCUUGAGAGCAGAAAAGGCGUCGCUCCUCGUGCUCAAUCCCCCCACCUCUUUCCUCCUUCCCUCCGAUCUCUCGGGCUUCCUACCGUCCGAUCUCGUCGAUCAUGUCUUCGGAGAAGGGUCAACCACUGCCCAAGUUUGGAGAGUGGGAUGUCAACAAUCCUGCCUCAGCUGAGGGGUUCACUGUUAUAUUCAACAAAGCUCGGGAUGAAAAGAAGACAGGUGCUAACUCCGGGGCAACAGCAACACCACCAAGAAAUGAUGCAGGUGGUUUCCAACAGGAUGAUACGUAUCAGUAUCGAAGAAAAAGUCGGAAGUGGUUUUGCUGCGGUUGAAUGCCUGCUGUUUGGAGCCAAUAGGUACUUGUUUAUCUUAGUUUGGGGUCGCAAGCAUAAAGAAUGUUUGUUUUAUUGGAACAGAUGCUGUUUAUGAAUAAUUAUCAUAUCUGGUUCGUGUGAAUCGGUAUUAUUUGUAGACCAAAAAAAGAGGGCAGAUCGAUGGAAGAUGGUUUAUAUCUUGUUCAAUUUUGCUGUAUGAUUGCCGAGCGUAAUUAGAAGAUAGUUGUGUGUAGAUUUGCAAACAAACACACGCAUUCCUUGCAUAGUUCUAUAGGAUUGUGCGCUCCAACACCAGCCAGCCUUAAUAGUCUUCCUCCAUGAUCUUCUUUCUUCCUCCUUUACGGCCAUUGUAUCUCAUGUUUUAUCAUAUUAUUCCAUCCAAAAUUCAUUAUACUUGGUCUUAUUGAGGAUGAAUGAAUGACUUCCAUUCUAUCGGGAAAUAUGCUCUGAGAGAAAUGAAGUGUGAUUUCAUAUAUUUAAGUUGUCGAGACCUAUAGAUGUUGGUUUAUUAAACGUAAACUUAAAGAGGCAAAGUACAGUAAUUACUUUGGAGUAUGAUGAAGAUGUAUAUAUAUAUAUGCAAUUUUGGGUUUAUUUAAUUAUAUUUGCUCUUCCCAACUCAGUAUCCAUUUCCUUUUUCGAUACUUUUAAAUUCUAAUCCAUAUUAUGCAUGUUUUUCCCAAGUCAUUAUCAUAUCAAUUGCAGGUCCAAAAUGUGUCAUCUUCCCAUGCAUUUUUCAUAUUAAUUGCAACUCCAAAGUGUAAAUAUAAGAAAAAAAAAAAAAAAGGGGGCAAACCAAAGUCACCUCAGCCAACAACACCUCACAUGCCUCAUUUCUGCUACAGCCAUUAAAAAAGAUAAGGCCCCAAGGAAUCUUUCCAAUAGUUCAACCUCUGCCAUGAUUGGUUGUCCUAAAUCUUAUGAAACACUCUCAAGAUUCUUCAAAUCUACACAUCAUUUCUCUAUGGCAUAAUAUUGUAGAAAUUUCUAGGGCCUAUGAUUGUUACUGAAGGUCUGAAUCUGGGAGCAAUUCCCAUGACAGAGACAUAGUCCGGAGGCAAAAUAGUUUUCUCUGUUCUUGGCUGGCAUUUCCAGCCACCGAGCAACAUGGAAAACCACAUUCCACACGAAUCAUGGCCUGAUGUUGUGCCAGAGCACACGGUCCCUAGUCGUUCAAGUUCCAUGCAAAUGUGUUGUGCUUCUUCUUACUGCGUGUUGGGAAAAUGAUAUGAAGCUCCCAUCCAUUGAUAGAUCAAGAGGUGCACUGUUUUGUAAGGAUCGAAGCAGCGGACAUGAUUAGCAUGGAUGCAUGUUUUGUGACAGACUCCGGAUGGAGUCGAGUAAGGUUGUGAUGGAUCAAGAAAUUGGAUGUUCGGUGACGAAGAGAUCGGAUGGGGCAAAACCUUGUGAGCGAGGGUGAUUCACAUAACAGGGAUGGAUAUAUGUAGCUGAGUUAUGACGAAGAAGAAAAGCCAAAGAGAGAUAAGUCUGUCGACAGUGGUUGUGAUGAUCCACCCGCAGACAGCAGCAACAGCAUGUGCCCCAUCACCCUCAGUGUGGAUUCUCCCUCACUUGGGUGAUGUCAGCACCCACAUCCCCUGUCACAGCUGCAGCAGAGAGAGAGAGAGAGAGAGAGCGAUAGUAAAGCCAAAGUGAUGCCUGGAGCUCAAGUUUUGAGCCUCCCGCAAGCAAAUGCUGCAGCUGGGAAGACCCACUGAGCCCUGGACACUCCUGUCAUAAAGGAGGAGAUCCAUCUGCGGUACACCGAGCAUCUACUCUCUGGGUGGGCUUCUCGUCGUCGCAAGGUACGCAGGGACGAGAAAGUUCCUGCCUUUAUCGCAAAGAUCGCUUCUUUUCGCCGGUCUUUGCUGGGUUCUCAGUUUGUUCUUGGUCGGAGGACCGUUUCGUAUCAGAUCUGUAAGCUAUUUUGCUCGGAUGAAUAGAAAAGCUGGUGUAUCAGACGCAACAGGAGGGAGAUCUGUACGGAUCGGUUGAUCGUGUCAAGGAUUUCAUCGUCUGAGAUCUUGCCUCGUUCACGUCAAUUCCUCGGAUUUCUGGGUUUUGGGAGCAUCUCAAAAGGAAAACUCUCGUUUUUCUGUCUCUUUGCUGUUCUAAUUUUUACGUUCUUAAGCAUUGCUGGUAGAUCUUCUUGAAGGAUGCUUGGUAGCAGAUAAAGAUUUGGAUUGGAUCAAAGAAUGACGUUUCUUGGGCUUCUUUUUCUGGGUCUUGCAUCAUUUUCUUUUGGAACUGGAAAUGCUCAAGCGAACAGCUUUCUCGUCGAUUGUGGUUCUAAUUAUAGCACCACUGAUGCUAAUGGUAGGAAAUGGGUUGGAGAUUCUUCCGGUGAUGGUUUUUCCCUGAGCUAUCCUGGAACUACUGCAUCGACUUCCACAGUGGAAGAAAACUCCGUUUACCAGUCCUUAUAUAAGACUGCUAGAAUAUUUGAUACUCCAUCUCACUAUGGCUUCAAUGUGUCUUCUGGGAGUUACUGCUUGAGGCUUCAUUUCUACCCCUUCUCGUUUGUAAAUUUGAAUGUCAAUGAUUCAGUGUUUGACGUAACCGCGAACGAGCUCAAGUUGGUUUCUAAGUUCAAUGUGCUGGCAGAAAUCUCAUGUCGGAGCACCACAAACAACUCGGUCAUUACUUCCCUGGUGAAAGAGUACUUCCUUUACAUCAGUUCAAGUGAACUGCGAAUUCGGUUUGUACCGAACUCAGGGUCAUUUGCAUUUGUCAAUGCCAUCGAGGUUUUCGAAAUACACAACAACUUGUUUGUUGACUCUGUCAACAGAGUAGGCAGCAAGGAGAAGGUUCCUUUGAGUCUGAAUGACCUUGGAAUUGAGACGAUGUACCGGUUAAAUGUUGGAGGGCCGGCACUUGAAUCAAGCAAAGAUCGAGAUCUGUGGAGAACAUGGGAGCCGGAUGAUGGAUUUAUGUUUUCUGUGAAUGCUGCUACUGCAAUUAGUAGUAUGUCCAAGAUAAGCUAUUCAUCAGUUAAUGACUCUUCGAUUGCACCUCUAUUGGUUUAUGAGACAGCCAGAAUAAUGUCUGAUAAUGAAGUUGUUGAGAAGAGAUUCAAUGUCUCAUGGAGGUUUGACAUAGAUCCCAACUUUGACUACUUGGUCCGGUUGCACUUCUGUGAGUUGAUCUAUGACAAGCAAAACCAGAGAAUUUUCAGAAUCUACAUCAAUAAUAAAACUGCGGCGGAAGAAUACGAUGUGUUUAUGCGAGCAGGAGGGAUGAACAAAGCCUACCAUGAAGACUAUGUUGAUAUUGUACCACAGCAGAUAGACACCCUUUGGCUUCAGCUAGGGCCUGAUUCAUCGAUAGGUGCUUUGGGUAUUGAUGCGAUCCUCAACGGUGUGGAGAUCUUCAAGCUCAGCAGGAAUGGAAAUUUAGCUCAUGUUUCAGAGAGGAUUGGUACUGGUGGGGAAGGAUUUGGUACAAAGAGGACAAAAAGUAAAGUUCUUUGGGCAGCCACCGGUGGUAUUAUUUCUGUGGUUACCAUUUCCAUGGCAUGUGUUUUUUAUUGCCACCGAAUUCAGAAAAGGAAAGCAGAUGGUGUUAAGGAGAAUCCUCCUGGUUGGCAUCCGCUUUUCCUUCAUGAGACAAUUGCAAGCACCACAAAUGCUGGCACAUCCAAACUGCCUUUGAUCAAUGAUGGUUUAGCAGCUUCUUAUAGGCUUGGUAGAAGAUUCACUUUAGCAGAAAUUAAAGCUGCGACAAGCAACUUUGACGAUUCCUUGGUCAUCGGAACCGGAGGCUUUGGCAAGGUCUACAAAGGUGAGAUUGAUGACGGGAUACUGGUUGCUGUGAAGCGAGGAAAUCCACAGUCACAGCAGGGCCUAGCAGAAUUUGAAACAGAGAUCGAAAUGCUGUCAAAGCUUCGGCAUCGGCAUCUCGUCGUGAUGAUCGGUUACUGUGAGGAGCAAAGAGAGAUGAUUUUGGUUUAUGAGUACAUGGCAAAUGGGACACUUCGAAGCCAUCUCUAUGGCACUGCUCUUCCAGCUUUAUCAUGGAAACAGCGGGUUGAUGCAUGCAUUGGUGCAGCACGCGGUCUACACUAUCUUCACACUGGUGCAGACAGGGGUAUUAUCCACCGAGAUGUCAAGACAACAAACAUUUUGUUAGACGAGAACUUUGUCGCAAAGAUGGCCGACUUUGGAUUGUCAAGAGCCGGUCCCUCUGUGGAUCAGACCCAUGUGAGUACUGCAGUGAAAGGGAGUUUUGGUUACCUUGAUCCUGAAUAUUUUCGGAGGCAGCAGUUAACCCAAAAAUCAGAUGUGUAUUCCUUUGGAGUUGUGCUCUUUGAAGUUGUUUGUGCUCGUCCAGUGAUAAACCCAAGUUUGCCGAAGGAUCAAAUAAACCUGGCUGAAUGGGCACUGCGAUGGCAAAGGCAACGGUCACUUGAGUCGAUUGUGGAUCCCAGAUUGGCAGGAGAUUACUCUCUGGAGUCUCUGAAGAAGUUUGGAGAGAUUGCAGAGAAAUGUCUGGCAGACGAGGGAAAGAACAGACCUACAAUGGGGGAGGUACUUUGGCACUUGGAAUAUGUCUUGCACCUGCACGAAGCAUACAGGAAGAGUGGAGAUGGGGAUUCUUUUGGGAGUGGUGAGUUAGGAUUCGCAGAUGUGUCUUUCUCACUCCCAUUUGUCCGAGAAGGAGAUGAGGAACCUUUAACGUAGCCAUCAAGAUUCAAAGAUUUCCUCGAGAGCCAAAAGGCCUUCGACAUUGUUCUCUGUAGACAGUUGCUGGUGUUGGUAUUCCAAAGCUAUUUUACCAUCAGAAAAGGAAAAACUGUUCUAGAGCUAGCCGAGCCGCCAAAUGACACUUUAAAAUGUGUUUCCUAUGAAGGUAUCUUCCCUCAUGAGCUAGCCUUUUACAUCUGGGCACCAGAUUGACAUGAGAUUUAUGAAGACCAUUUUACUGUGUGUUAAAAACGACAACAAUUGCAGGAUGCUUUUUUUUUUGGCUUGGCUGUGGGUGAGCAAUUAUAUGGUAGAGUUUUAUGAACACAAAACAAACUGCUGCUAUCUGAUUUGCUGAGAGUCAUACUCUCCAUGUUAAGCAAACUUUUAUGUAAUCAAGGAUUGCAUUUUGUAGUCAUAUCCACAGAAGUGCAAAUAGGAGACGUUUCUCUUUUUUUGUUGCUUACCAGUCUUAAUCAAGUAAACAUUUUUUAUGUUGAA